UCUAACUCUCUGAUUCCCUCUUGGUCCUCUCCUACAGUUUACUAGGAAGGUCUGCGUUUUUUGUGAAGGCAGUGCUGAUCCCUGAUUUUGUUUUAUAAGCUUGUGUGAAGGCUCUUUCGCUGGAACUUUUGGUAAUCACUCGGGGGGUGGGGGUUUGGUUGAUUUAUCAUUUCAAGCCUUCUAUUCGCAAAUAAUAAAUAGUACACCUAACCUCCUGAUAUGCAAUAUCAUGAUGGUACAACCCCCUGUAUGUUCCUUUGCAAUUUCAUGGGUAUUCACCAAGAUUAUAUUCACAACAAAAAACUAGAGUGAGAUGUCGUGCUGGAUACAACCUGCCGACGUGCUCAUUGGUGCUGAGGACACUUCCGGAUGUCAGCUCUAACAAUUACUUAACCGAAGUUGGCAGCAUAAGCUGAAUGGACUACCUUACUUCUACCAUCACACAUCAUCUACAGGUUUAACUUGUACCUCCAUUGAGCGAUCCUCGAUGGUGGUUGGAAGGAUCUUCGACUUAUGCUCGAUCGAGUAAGCAACGCACGGCUAUGCUCGGGUAUUCCCAGACAGACGAUACUCGUGUGCCGCAAUGACAUGCCAUUGUACCUAGGCAAUUCCCAAUUGAAGAUAUCGUGAUAUUGACCGCAACAGCACCUUCCAUCAGACUCUGAACCCCUCUCUAUACUAUACUAAUGCAGGAUCUCAAUUGACCCCAGAGACAAAAACAAAUCAACUGAACUCCUCUAUCCAACUCCUCUCAACUCUACCCCGGCAUCUUCGUCACGUUCAACACCAACAAUGCCCCCACCAUCUCCCUUCACACCCAAUCUCCAAACCCUCCGCACCCUCCCCAAAUCCCCCAAAACAACCCUCAUAACCGGCGGCACCUCCGGAAUAGGCCUAGCAACUGCAUCCCUCCUCUCCUCCCUGAACCCAAACCACAACCUCAUCCUCCUAGACCUGAACCCACCACCGCAAUCCUUCACGCACCCGCCAGCAAACCUCCUCGUCCACAACUGCGACAUCACCUCCUGGACGGCGCUACGCGCGGGUUUCGCAGCAGGGUACAAGAAGUUCGGACGAAUCGACUACGUAUUCGUGAACGCGGGGAUCAGCGAAGCAGGGGAUCAAUUCUUUACAUCGCGGCUCGAUGAGGACGGGGAGCUGAGGGCGCCCGAGGGGAAGGUGCUGGCGGUGGAUUUGGAGGCUGCGGCCUGGACUACGAAACUCGGGAUCCACUACUUGCGGCUCAACAAUCCAGAGGGAGAGGAGGGGCAAGAAAAAGGAGGUGAGAGGGGGAGUAUUGUGCUGACGGCGAGUUUGGCGGGUUACUUGGGGACCAGUGGCAUGCACAUGUAUUCGGCGGCUAAGCACGGCGUCGUGGGCCUGAUGCGCGCGCUCAAGCACGAGUGUCGCGAGCUGGGUAUUGCGAUUAGUGUUGUUGCGCCCGCGAUUACGGAGACGCCGUUGAUUCUUGCGACGGAGAGUCCGCGCGUGCAGAGGCCUGGGGAUGGGGAGGUGCCCGGGCAGCAUGCGGCGCGGUUGAGGGAGGGAGGGGUGAGUGUGAAUCGUGUGGAGAGCGUUGCGGGUGUUGCUUGUUGGUUGAUGGAUUUGGGGGGGAAGGCGGCGGGGAUGGGUGUGUUUGUGCAGAGGGAUUUGUGUGUGGAUUUGGAGAAGGGGUUAGCGGGGAGUCGCGAGAUGUGGAUGUCGAGGGAGAUGUUGGAGGAUUUUAGGGGUGGGAGUCGGGCGGAGGCUUUUCAGGGGGAGAAGGCGAAGAUGUAG